UGUUUUAGCGUGACCAAUGAUCGAACAUACAUGAUGGAUGAGGAAAUUAGGCACUGUCGUCCGAGUGAGCGGCGCAAAUAUAUAAAAUGGGGAGCGGACGAUUUCUGGGACUCGCAUGGCAUUACAUAGAUCUGGUUCAUAUCUUUCCUUGUCUUUUUGCUCGCAAUUUCUUUCCGUCCAUUUCUGCCUGUCGUCAUUCUGUCACGUUCCUUUUCCCCUUCUAUUUCUCUUCUCUAUUACUACUUAUAUCUCUCUUCUUUUCUUUUUUCUUCUCCUUGCCCCUUUUCCUUUUUUUCUUUUACCUCCAAAUUUUCUCAUCUCUGGAGACGUCUCUAUUUCUUUUUCCAAAGCAUUCUCCAUUCUCCUCCCCGCCAUUUCCACGGAGUGUUCUCAUUUUCAUACCAUUUCCUAUUGUAUUCCGCUCGUCUCCUUUGUUGAGCUCUCUCUCCAACUACAUGAUCCUAGCAAAUUCAAAUAUCUAGCAACUAGCUGCCAAAAAGUUGCCAGCAUGGUCCCCACUGCUCGGGGAGGGUCUCGAGUCCUGUCCGUAAUCGUUAAUUUGUCCCCAUCGCAUUUCUUUUGGCAUAUCCUUGUUUCUCUCGGCGUGUGUGUGUGUGUGUGUGUGUGUGUGCGUCCACAGUGUGUCAGUAUCACUGAAAUCCAUAUCGCCUUAUAUGGAAGCAAAAUCAAAGCUGAGUUACGGAAACCGACAGACACACACAGCUGCUGCUAUUCGAGAAAACUGGGGUGUCUAAUACAAUUGGUUGUGCUUAUCCAUGAGGUUGUCUGAUCGAUUGGCUAUGGAAAAAGAACGCAGAUGAUCCAUCUGUAUGGAAGGAAACUUUAGAAAAAAAGAGGAGGAAGAAGAAUGGUUCCUAACGCAUCAUGUGAGUUAUUAUUUUUCACCUGUAUAUUGUGGCAUAUAUGCGUGUCGGUCAUGUGCUAUGCUGCCUAUCCUGUGAAAGUCUUGUCUGGUUC